ACUGGGCGUACAGUAUGAUCUUUGUCGAAACCAUAUAACUGCAUUUACUCAGACGGUUUGCAAAAUUAUUUCAUUUAAUAAAAGAAUACAAUUUUAAGCAUUUUGACACAAAAAGUGUAGACGAAGAAAAUUUCUAUGUAAAGGUCACCGUUUCUCCAGUCAUUCUUGGUCUGGGUUGUGUACAAAACCGAACGUACCCAGUAGCCGAGACCCACCCCUCCUUGGCGCAGUUGGAGAAUAAAAGGACGACAACAACAAGUUAUCUGGAAAUUAACACCAAAUAAUCGAAUUUAGCCGUCUUCUCAUCGUAAGGCACUGUUCAGGGCCAUGAUGAAGAGGUGGCGCCAGGUGGCUUUUGUGUUGUUCCUCGUCGUGUGUCUCCUAAGCACUCAGUCCACAUGGGCCAAGAGAGGGGGGGGCAGCAGCGGUGGCCGCAAAUCCACAUCAUCUUGGAGUAAUCGGGGCGGGACGCAGUCCAAACCGUCCAGCUCUAAUCCUGGAAGCUCUUCCAAUCGGAACACCAAUCCGUACCCCUCUGGUGGAAGUUACCCAGGGGCGGGCAACAGAAACACAGGAGCAAGUUAUCCCAGACAAAAUCAACCUAGUAACCCAGGAGUCGGUAAUUAUCCCAACCAGUCUCCAGGACGAAACAAUCCUGGGGGUUAUCCGAACCAGAACCCGGGAGGUGGUUAUCCAAACCAGAACCCUGCGGGGGGCUAUCCAGCCGCAGGCGGAUACCCCAACCAGAACCCUGGAAGAGGUAAUCAAUAUCCAGCAGCUGGAGGAUACCCAGCAGGAGGCAGCUAUCCUAACCAGUACCCAGGCAGAGGUAGUACCAACCAAGGAUAUCCAAACCAGUACCCGGCUGGAGGAGGGUACCCAGCCGCUGGAGGGGGCUACCCAAACAGGGGUGGCUACCCAGCUGGAGGGAGCUACCCAGCUGCUGGGGGCAGCUAUCCAGCUGCUGGAGGGGGCUACCCAAACAGGGGUGGCUACCCAGCUGGAGGGUACCCAGCUGGAGGGGGUUACCCAAACAGGGGUGGAUACCCAGUUGGAGGAGGCUACCCAGCUGCCGGAGGCUACCCAGCUGCCGGAGGCUACCCAAACAGGGGAGGCUACCCAGCUGCAGGAGGGCAGGGGUGGGGUUACCCUCAAGGUAACCCAAAUAAUAAGAUCCUGAGUCCUCACAUUGGGGGAGGUGCUUAUGGAUACGGCGGUCACGGGAUGGGAGGGUCCCCAUUUUCUCAAUCUGUCCAGAGGAUGGGCUACAAACCCAAAUCUAGCGGUUUUGCCAAGAAAGCCAUCAUGGCAGCUGGCGUCGGUGCCGUAGCUGGUAUGGCCGUUGGGUACGGACUCGGGCGCUUCCCUCGACCGCACUUCUCCUUUCGUAACCCCGAAGAGGAGUACUACUACAACAACUACAUGUACCGCCGUUACGGGUCACGCUCCACCGACGAGAAGGACUUUGGUCGCGACUACGUCUAUAAGCUUCCCCCGCGGGCGGAGACAUAUGACAACUUCAUGGGGAAAUGCAUGAACAGGACGGACCUCCUGAAAGACCAGGGCAACAACGCAUCCACACCUGGUGGGCAAGAGGACGACGACACGGUGAGCAUUGAGGAGAUAGGCUACCCGUCGCUUGUGGAGCAGAUGAAGGCGAGGCGCUGUGUGGAAGAGUACAUGGUCUACUCGGAGCGCUUCCUAGAGGAGCGCAAAGCUGAGCAGCAGGUCCAGUGGAGUCGCAGCAGUCCUCUGAGCCUCUGGGCGCCACAGCUUUUCCCGACUCUGCUGAUGCUCGUGUCCAGCAUGCUCCUGCUCCAGUAAGGACUUUCAGCCCUCCAUCAUAGUACAGUAUAGCUGCACGUGUACAUAACAGUAAUGCUGAUAUCCUAAGCAACCUCCACGAAUGUGGCUCAUAUUUAGUCAAUCAAUACUAACGUGCUGACAAGUACUGUGUAUUACAAGCUUUUAUACAUGUAUGUCAGAUUCUCAAACUGUGGUACAAGUACCACUGGUGGUACGCGGGCUCCAUGUAGUGGUGCGCAGGAACACUCAAGAUUUUUAAAAAGUAAAAAUAACAUUAAAAAAAAAUCUAUAAUUAAAUAAUCAUAAAAAUGCAAAUCUAUUAACCCCAAAUCUGUGACAUUUAAUUUCGUAUUGAACUUUCAAGCCACAUGUUUGAAUUUAAAUUAAUAUGGCAAGUAGAGCUAGCAACAACGGUGGCAAAAUAUUCCUGAGGUGGUACUUGUGUGUAAAAAGUUUGAGAACCACUGGUCUAAGUCAUUUUAUUUGCACUCCACAUUGUUGAGCACUGAAUACAUCAACGUAUAUACAGGGUGUCCCCAAAAAAAUGUAUACACACUUUAAAUAACUGUAAACUAGGUGCGUAUUAUAAUUCAUUCAAUUUUCAAAAUGUAAUUGAAUUUACAAAGCUAAUUUUAUUGUUUAGCACUGCCUGUUCUCAAACUGACAUCCGUUCUGGUCCAGACACUGCUGACAACACGAAGCAAUGGAAACGGCACACAUCACGAAACAAUUCCCUUGGUAUUUUCGCGCAUUCACACUUUUUAGAAUGAAUUUCCUUUCUUCAAAGUUUAGUCUGGCUGCCAUCAUUCAUUUUAAAGGGGUUAAUCUGCAAAGAAAAAACAAGCAUUUGAGUUAUCAGCUGCUAAAGAGUGUAUAUAUUUUCACACCCUGUACCUACUUUUUGUUGUUAUUGUGAUUUUUAGCUUCCUAAGCCAGUUCUUAAUGAGAGGAUAGCACCUGCUGUAUUAAGAGAUAAUAAUGCAAUAAGAGCAAACAGGUUUUGCAUGGCACCGUGCAAGCAAAGCACGCUCUUUUACAUCCUUGCCCACCCCGAUGUAAUUCAGCACUCGGGAGUGUUUGGGAAAAAAUAUAAAAUUAUGAGGAAAAAGGUCAUAAAAUCGCUAAGAAGAAAAUCAAGUUGUACAUGGAAAAUCCCAAAAUAGUACAAGAUUAAAGUAGAAAUUUUUAACGAGUGAAUGUCAAAGUUUCUUUUCUUGUAAUAUUAUGACUUUGUUACAUAAAUGCAAGUCUUAUAAUAAUUACUGUAAUACUAUAACAAUAUUACAGCUUUUUUUUUGUUUUUUUUAAUCUUAAAAGGUUUUUCUGGACUAUUACGACUUCAUUCUUGUAAAAUAAAAAAUCCUGGUAACAUUACGUUAUUCUUGUAAAACGACAACCUUUGUCUUUUGUAAUAGUUUGACUUCAGUGUUUUUCUCGUAAUUUUAUGACCAUUCUAAUACUGUGACUUUAUUAUGACGUGUUGUAAAAUGGCGACUUUUU